UCGCUCGAUGUGACGUAGGGACGCACUCGCUCAGGAUGAUCAAGGAUCACACAGCGACCACUCAGGCGCUCCUCGGGACUCUGUUCACGUGGGCUCUCACCGCAGCCGGCGCCGCGCUUGUCAUCGUCAUACGAGGGAAACAACGUAAACUCCUCGAUGUCAGCCUGGGGUUUGCAGGCGGCGUGAUGGUGGCAGCGAGUUACUGGUCAUUGCUGGCUCCAGCGAUCGAAAUGGCAACCGAGAGCAAGAUAUACGGGGCGAAUGGCGAGUACGCGUUCGUGCCGGUCGCAGUUGGCUUCGUCGUCGGCGCGGCAUUCGUAUACGGGACGGACGUGUUGAUAUCUACCCUCGGCAUUCAGUCCCCCAAUGUGCUUUUAGCUAUGCAAUCAGUCGGUACGAAACAAAGACGCAAGAUCAUUGCGAAACUAAAGAGUGACGAGGACUUAGACGAUAAUGUUCCGUUUAACAACGUACAAAUUUCCGGAAGUGGAAAAAUGUACACUAGUGUCGAGUCGACCACUAUCGAUGGCUUCUACGAACAGAAUAGUAGGCGUCGACAAAUAGCGAAUAUAAAUCGAGCGUCGGAAUCGGGAGAGAUCGGCACGGUUUAUGAAGAUCCCAAUAACGAGGCGAGAAACAACCAAUGGCGGAGGAUAUUGCUGCUAGUUGUGGCGAUUACGGUGCACAAUAUACCCGAGGGCCUCGCAGUUGGUGUGGGCUUUGGAGCGAUAGGAAGUAGCCCAUCAGCAACAUUUGAAAGUGCAAGGAAUCUCGCAAUCGGUAUUGGGAUACAAAACUUCCCCGAAGGGCUGGCAGUGGCGCUGCCGCUUCAAGCCGCCGGGAUUAGUACGCUGAAGAGCUUUUGGUACGGCCAACUCUCGGGGAUGGUGGAGCCUAUCGCCGGUGUCCUUGGCGCAGUCGGAGUAACGCUCGCCGCACCUGCGCUACCUUAUGCACUUGCUUUCGCAGCCGGCGCAAUGAUCUACGUCGUGAUCGACGACAUCGUCCCGGAAGCGCAUCAAAGCGGAAACGGCAAAUUCGCCAGCUGGGCCGCCAUCGUCGGUUUCCUGGUGAUGAUGUCCUUAGACGUUGGCCUAGGUUAAGGAAGUCGUUUCUGACGGCGUCCUUCCUUUUGCUGAGGCGCGUCCAAAUCAUGGUUUAACGUGCACCGGAAUCGCACGUGAAGGAGUUCUCUCUUGACUCGCACGCCAAACAAUAAAUAAUAGUACUAUUCGCCUCGCAAAAUACAUGAGGCAUCUUCGUCCUCGAAGACUCAGGAGAAAGGAACGAAUAGCGAGAGGGACGUUUUUCCAUGAUAUAUUUCCGUGAUUCCUGUUACUCAUCGAAACAUCAUACACAAUUCUGACGGAGGAAAUUGUUGUCGAACGCGUUCGACACCUUUCACGCGACUCGUUCGCGCGACAAAACGUGGAGACUGAAACCGGUCGACGAUUUCCGCGAGUCGAAUUUUCGAUGUCGCGAGAAAAAUCAGGCGAGGAGGGUCGAAACCCGAACUUAUCACAAUAUCAAUUUAUCGUACACCGGCUUCAAUCUCUGCGAGGUAUCGACCGAAUCGUGCAGGAAGAGAAUUGCGUUAAUCAAUUCAAUUCAAUCGUCUAAAAAUCGAUCGACGCUUUUGCGAAAGUAAAUCGCGUCACCGCUCAAAGUACAACGUUCUCGCAGCCCGAACCAGUAGAUAUCUCUCAACGAACCCGUAGAACGCAUUUCACAUUUUGAAAAAGUCUUCCUCCGAGUAUCUAGUCUGCGCUGGUGCGAUUGCAAAUGUCGAGUCGAAGUUUAAAGGCAUCCGACAGCCGCACUUAAGAUCGAACACUCAAAUCGAUGUUCUUCAGGAUUCACUGAAAAACGCAGGAUCGGUGCGAAAACUAAUCGACUGUCAGUAGGUAGAGUAAUUGUGAAAUAAUGCGCAGCGUCGAGAGAAUCACAUUCGAGGGACGUUACGAUUACACAAAUAUCGAGAGAGGUAUCGCGCCACCUCACGAGAAGACGAAUAAAGGAGACUCUGUUGUUAUUCCUCUGAUGUUAAACGUAUUUGAGAAUCUGCCGAAACCUCUCUCGAAGUCGUUCCCACGAAGGACCACUGCGUCUGUUGUUUGUUGUUGCGUCAAUUAUCCCCCGAUGUUCCUACAUUACUGCUCGUCCCGCGCGAGUACCGUUAGUAUCGUUGAGAUUUUAAUCGCGGCUUAAUCGUCGAAUUAGUUCGUUCUCGAAUCGUCCGUACGUACGCUUCCGAUCCGCCGCGAUUCACCGCUAGAAUUCCAUCUUAAUGGGAGAGGACGCGGCUCACCGUCGUCGCAUUAUGCAAAUUCGCGCCUUUCUGAAACACGAGACUCUGUCGCUCCACCUCGACGGGGAUAGUUGCGAAUAUUUCGUAACUCGCGCGCGCAAGCGGUUUCUCGUGCGUGCGACAUACACACGUGCAGGACGCACGCAAUCGGGCCCGUUCGUUCGUCGUCGUCGUUCAUGCCUGCCAGGUAAAUCUAUACGCGUAUUUAUUGCGUUACAAUGUGUCCUUUCUAAUCACCGGCCGCGCAACGGUGCAAUUUCGUUCUUACGGCGACGUGGCGUUUAUCUCAGAGCACGUAACGAGGUUGCCGCUAUACCCGUCGGCGCGAAAAUAGACCGCAGAAUCCGACACAGGCCUCUCUGAGAUCAUUUUCUAGAAGGAAAGAAAAAAAAGAAAAAGAUGGACAGAAAUGUCGUUUUACGGCGGCACGACUCGUUCACUCGCCGUCUUCACCCCCGUCUUUCACACCGCGACAGGCAGGUUUCGCAAUCUAAAGCAUAAAUUUAUGCGCGAGAAAUUCUACAGAAACGAUGGGACACUCGUACGAUACUUUUUAACGUUGCAACAUUUCGCAACUGUGCUAGCACGAAACGUUUCAUCGAUCCAUAACGAAGCCAAGUGAAAAACGCCGCUUCAGGUGUCGCGGGACACGAGCGAUCGAUACCGCGAUUCCGCGAUUCGAAAGUAGGAGAACCGAACGCUGUCGGAUUUGUCACUUCACCUUCAUGCUGGCGCACUCGUUGCUCUCGUGUUUCAAUGCGCAUAUAGAUUUUUUAUACGUAUAAUGUUCGUUCUCAGAGAGAAUAGGGAGAGAGAGAGAGAGAGGGAGAGAACGCGACGCGAACGUAAUAUUUUGCUUUCAUUAUUAAUUGUGAUCCCCGCGACUCGAGACGUCUCCUCGAGAUCGGUAUUCCUCCUCGCGAUCGAAUCGAAAGAUCGGCCAUCAAUGUCUGAUUCUCGACGCUGCCCACUUAUGUAAGAUAUAGAGACUAUAUUUUGAUACUGUCGAUAGUACACUACCAAGUAUUAGCAAUAUGUAUCGACACUCGCGUGUGUAUGCAACUGCAUAUUCCUCGUACUGAUUUUCGAGCUAAAUGGGCCGUUUAAUAAGCCCUUUGGUUUGGUUUCACGAACGUCGAGAAGCGUCUCCCAGCGUGAUGUAGUCCACCAAGUAGCGUUAUCGCGACGAUUCGAUAAAAACUGCCGUUUCGAGCAUUUACGGACACCAUUCGACCGGUUGACCGAAAUUGUCAACUCCGAAUUGUCAAUUAAACCUUUCUAUCCACGAGGAUCUUUUAACGCUAUCGCGCCAACUGCGAUCGUCGGUCUUCUCGACGAUCUUUCAAUCCGGACGACCGGCAUGAUCGAAAAGUGCGGAAAAUUAGCGAUGUUCGGUUUAUAUUAAACCUGUACGAACGAGCAUCGCCCGUUGACACAGAGCUUCGAUGACAGAAGCGAAAGUCGUUAUCGAGAGCGACCAAAGUCGUGGCUUCACGACGGUGGUACGCGGUGUUUUAGCGAAAUAUAUAUCUGUAAUUAAUUACGCGACUAUAUACAGACUUGGAUGAUUGUACAGAUAUCAUAUUGUACCUUUUAGAUAGGUAGUUAGCGAGGUCGAUCGUGUGAGAGGGUAUCGUUUGGGUUGGAGUUGCGAGCGCACGCCGCCCGCCGCGCGUUACCAAUUCGACACGAUUGUUUGAUUACUCGUUCGCAUAGGAAAUCCGCACCGAUGGAUGUGUAAGGGUGUGUAGGAGCGCUUAGACGUUGAUUAAGAUCUUUGGUGGAUAAAUGCUUGACAGAAACGCGCAACGAUUUCUUCUUGAUCGCUUUUUUCAGCUGUAACAAGAAUUUUACGUUCAAACUGUGUAAAUUAGGUGCCUUCGUAACUUAAUUAGCGUUACUCGUGUUAUAUCGGUAUUUGGUGAAUUUAUGGGCUAUGUUAGCAACGACUGCUUCACUUUUCUCAUUUAUUAGCACGCAAGGAGAUUCAAUCGGAGAUAUCGUCCCGAAGAUCUCCGCGCAUUAAAUAUCCAAGAAACGCCUCUUGUAUUCAUUCAUCAUAGGUUUGAUGUGUUGCGAUGCAAUUUUUAAUAUGCAAUAAAAACAGUGCAUCAAG